UUGUAUUAGAAGAAAUAUGACAUUUCCCAGUUAAUUAUUUUUGAAUUAUUAAUUUAAAAAUCUCUCUUGUUAAGAGCAGAGAGAUAAGCUACACGAAUAUCAGUCACUUUAGAGCAAGCAGUGAGCGUUUUCCGGCAGUGGUUGUCUGUCUUCUGCCAGCAGGACGCCCGUCAUCUUUGUUUACCGUCAUUUUGUUUGUACAUUUCUCAGCUGGCCGGUGUCGCACAGUAUGGACGGUGAGGCGGACGGCUUGGUGGCGGUGCCCGGGGAGCCCGGCCCCGGCAGGAGGCGCAGGGUGCACGGCAUGUUGAAGCUCUACUACGGGAUAAAUGAAGAAGGAAAGGCUGCGGAGCAGGCGGAGUCCUUGGAUCCCUGCGACAUCAACGGGCCGCAUUUUGACCCGGAGCAUUUCCUCAACAAGCUCAGAAGAGAGUGCUCUCUUGCCGAGCUGAUGGACCAGGAGACCUGCAUGGUCAAGCAGAUCCGCUCUCUGGACAGCGAUAUGCAGACGCUGGUGUAUGAAAACUACAACAAGUUUAUAUCUGCGACAGACACCAUAAGAAAGAUGAAGAACGACUUUAAAAAGAUGGAGGAUGAAAUGGAUUGCCUGUCUGCUAACAUGGCAGCAAUCACUGAGUUCAGUGCUCGUAUCAGCGGGACUCUUCAAGACCAGCACGCACAGAUCACAAAGCUCUCAGGGGUUCACACUCUGUUGAGGAAGCUGCAGUUUCUGUUCGAACUGCCUGCUAGAUUAAAUAAGUGUCUGGAGCUGCAGGCCUACGCUCAGGCAGUGAGAUCCCACCGCCGUGCUCGCUGCGUGCUGCAGCAGUACAGCCACCUGCCCUCCUUCAAAGGAAUUCAGGAUGAUUGUCACGCCAUCAUGGAUAAGCUGGCACAGGAGCUGCGGCAGAAGUUCAGGGAUGGCGGGUCAAGCGCUAAAGAUUUAUCAGAGUGUGUGGAGCUGCUGCUACAGUUAGAUGAGCCAGCCGAGGAGCUCUGUGAUAAAUUCCUGAGCCAUGCGCGGUCUCGGCUGGAGUCGGACCUCCAGGGUCUGGAAGCAGAGAUAAGACCGUACCCCUCCGCCUCGGCUGUGAAAGAUGCUUCUGCACGCGUGCUGUCAUCCACUGCAGCCGCUGAAUCUCCGACUGAUAACUCCCCCAACACGAGCACUAUGCCUUCUCCCACCUCAAACACUGACAUCCUGGAAUUCAUCGACAGAGGCUGCAAUGAAUUUGUCAGCAGCUUAUGUUUAGUAAUAACAUCUUAUCAAGAACUAUUUAUCAACCACGCUCAGACAGGAGAGCUAGCCUCCAAAAAUAUUCCUCAGAUGGCUAAUGGUAAGUUGCACGCCUUUGUGGAUGACCUUGCUGCUCGGUAUUUCUCGCUGGUGGAGCGGAGGAUACAAGAGGAGAAAGGGGUCGGAGAUAACUCCCUCCUGGUCCGUGCACUCGACCGCUUCUACCGGAGACUCCAGGCUGUGGCCAAACUGCUGCCAGGCUCCGCCGUGCCAAACCAGGGGAGUGAAAUCGUGAUCCGGGCCGCAACAGAGCGAGUGAAGCAGUACCUCUCUGCCCUGCAGAGCUUCUACAUGGACAGCUUGACGGACGUGAGGCAAGCCCUGGCGACACCUCGCCUCUCUGUGGCUGGUGCUUCGGUGGCUGGAGGCGGAGCUCUUCUAGGCGGGGCGGCCUCUGGGAGAGACGCUCCGACCAGCUUGCCAGAGCUGCUCUCCUCCCUGUCGGCCUCCAUUCUCAAUCAGAUAAAGUCAGUGUUGGCAUCAGUGCAUCUCUUCACAGCUAAGGACAUUACAUUCUCCAACAAGCCGUACUUCAAGGGUGAAUUCUGCAGCCAGGGUGUACGUGAGAGCCUGGUGGUGAGCUUUAUAAAGUUUGUGUGCCAGUCGUCUCGACAGUUUUGUGAGAGCGCGGGAGACAAGGGAGGUUCGACUCCCCCGGCCCUUCUGUUGCUGCUCUCUCGCCUCUGCUUGGACUAUGAAACCUCCACCAUCUCCUACAUACUCACUCUCACAGAUGAACAGUUCCUUGCGCAGCAUCACAGUCCUGUAACACCUGUUACAACUUUAUGUGCGGAAGCCAGAGAGGCAGCACAGAAACUGCUGAACCACUACGUAAAGGUUCAGGGCCUGAUCAUCUCCCAGAUGUUAAGAAAAAGCGUCGAAACACGAGACUGGGUCAACACUAUCGAGCCCCGAAACGUCCGGGCUGUGAUGAAGAGAGUAGUCGAGGACACCACCUCGAUUGACGUGCAGGUUGGUCUGUUGUAUGAAGAAGGCGUGAGGAAAGCACACAGCAGCGACUCCAGCAAAAGAACUUUCUCUGUCUACAGCAGCUCGAGGCAGCAAGCGCGCUAUGCUGCCAGCUACACUCCAAGUGCUCCCAUGGAUACUAAUCUACUGAGCAACAUACACAAGCUGUUCUCUGAGAGGAUCGACAUCUUCAGCUCAGUGGAGUUCAACAAGGUCUCCGUGAUGACAGGAAUUAUCAAAAUCAGUCUAAAGACAUUCCUGGAGUGUGUCCGCCUGCGCACCUUCGGCCGCUACGGGCUGCAGCAGAUCCAGGUGGACUGCCACUACCUGCAGAUGUACCUGUGGCGCUUCGUCUCCGAUGAGAACCUCGUGCACUUCCUGCUGGAUGAGAUAGUGGGGAGCUCCGCCCACCGCUGCCUGGAUCCUGCCCCAAUGGAGCAAAGUGUGAUCGAAGUCAUCUGUGAGCGGGGUUAAAGCUCAGUGCAGCACACAGCCAGUCUUCUCCAAACACCAUAUCACAGAGUUACAACAAACACUGGAAUCAUGCAUCGAAGUUCAAACACUUUGUUACAUAAUUACUGUUAAAUGUUAAAUUAAUUGAUCCAGAUACAUAUUAUACUGUAAAAAUGAACAUAUAGAUUGCACUUUUAUUGCUGUAAGAAUGUCAGUAAAUCUUCCAACACUAAAGAAAGUCAGUUUGGGAAAGAUUAACAUUACAUACCACCUCAGUCUCUAGUGCUUGGGUUGCAUAUUACAACAGUCAUUUAAAAACCAUAGAAUAUAAGAAGAGAAACCCCUCUCACCUCCUCUAUGUGCAAAUAUAGAAGAAAAAAAAGAAUAAUCCGUGAUACAAGAGAAACUGUUUGGCUCAUACCCCUUGAAGGGAAUGUGUUUAAUGUGAAUACAGACUGAAUGACUGAAGAGAAAAGUUGUGUCCUGUGAAAAUCUCAUGUAUUCAUAAAUCAUUUUAGGGGGCUUUUGAAUAAUCUGCAAUUUGAAUAUCACCUGAUUACUUCUAACACUAAAAUAACUGCAGCAGAUUUACUUUAACUCUUGCCUUGAGGUUGGUUGAUUCUCUGUUUUCUGUGCAUGUCUUCCACAGAUAAACAGUACAUUUAGGGAUGAUUUCAACAUGUAUGCCUCCAAUAAAAGUGUAUGAAUGUAA